AUGGACACCCACGCGCUGCCAGCGCGUGUGGCGGCGCGUGGGCACGGUAUCAGAGGGGCUUUGGUUGCUAUAAGCGAAGUGACAAAAGAAAUCCACCAGGGAAAUUCUGACUUCUUUGCUAUAAGGUCAACUGAGUAUGGUCGGUUCUUAGUGAUAUCGUUGGGUACUGGUUCAGCAAAAUCUGAAGAGAAAUAUAAUGCCGAUGAUGCAGCUAAAUGGGGUCUUUUGGGAUGGUUGACGAAAGGGGGUUCCUCUCCAUUGACAGAUGUAUUUACUCAAGCAAGUAAUGACAUGGUCGAUUUCCACCUUGCGACUGUUUUUCGAGCUCUUGACUGUGAGAAAAAUUACCUCAGAAUUCAGGAUGAUACAUUGGAGAAAACAGUAUCUUCAGUGGAUAUUGCUACGCAAGAAAACUUGAAUAACCUUGUAAAAGUUGGAGAGGAAUUGUUGAAGAAACCGGUUUCGAGGGUGAAUUUGCAAACCGGUAUCUAUGAGCCUGCUCAUCAGGAAACAAAUGAAGAAGCUCUCGUAAGGGUGGCGCAAAUUCUGUCCAGGGAAAGGAAGGUCCGUGAAAUGAGAUCACCACAUGGAAAGGCUGUAGCUGACAGCAACUCCAACUGAUGAUCACAUAUUGCUAAUCUCACACUUAUUAUUCCCUCUAAUUAGAAUUUUUUUAAAAUUAAA